AUGAACAUCUUAGAAAAGGCAGAAAAAUCGUUAGAAUAUCUUAAAAGUGGAGAAGGAACUGCAAAAGGACACGAGCUUCAAGCUGCGGCUGGGACACUUGGACGUUGUUUAGGAGCUUUGGGAAGUCGUCCGAAUUGUGCUAGACAUUACGCAAACUUAUUGCACUCCGCCGUCCCGACUUUGCUGUCUUUGGCUAGUAAUGAUAACGCGGAGGUGCGUCUAGUUGGAGAUGAGGCAUUAAAUCGUUCUGUGGCUGGUGGGUUUGCAUUCCACUCCUAUAAAACAAAUAUAAUACUACAGAAUCAAAUAGACUGCAAUAAAAAUGCCAGAUGGAUCAGAGCAGCACUAUCCCGAAUAUGCCUUGGCGACACUUGGUUGCGGCCGGGACCAGGCAAAAUACGCACACAAGCACAAACAUUAUUCCCGAAGCUGAGCCAAAUAGUGCAUCAUACAAGCGAGACCCAACUAAUAGUAGAAGCUUUAGAGUCCAAUUUGCCACGUAUACUAAAUGCAUUAGCAGAAUACACAACAGAUGAAGAGAUAUCUGAAUUGUCGAAGGCUUUGCUAUCGCACGUGGAUUGUACGGAAGCGGCAGUAAGGCGCGGGAUUGCGACUUGCGUGGCUCAUCUCUGCUCUCACAGGGAACCAUUGCUUACCAAUAUACUUGGACGGGUGUUUGAGAACCUAUGGCCAACGGCGUCCAGUGAUACAGCGAUAAUCGGAUGGUUUUGCGUCAUAAAAGCCAUGUUUCAGAUAAACGAUAUGGAGAGAUUUACCGAUACUGAUUUGUUCAGCGAUCAAGAUUAUUUAGAGCUCUACCAACUUUGCAUUCACUAUUUAGAACAAACAACAACAGAACAUAAUAUACAAAAUGCAGUUAUGGAAUGUCUAGCCGUCCUUUUGUCACAAGCAAAUGGCAAACAGAGGAGGGUAUUAUUGGAGAGACAUCCAAGACUCGUUUGUCUUGACAAUAGACAAAGCGAGAAGGGGCAUAGGCGGAAUAUUAGUUCAGUUAGUGCGAUGUCAACUCGAACUGCCCCUAGUCCGCUAACGGAACCCCGCGAGCCUGAGCUGACGUUCACUGGAGCUUUGCAACUUGGGAGUUUGUUGCAAUUAACCACGCCUAGUCUUAGCGUCGAAGACCUUGCUAUUCACACCCCUGAUUCACCAGUUAGCGACACAGAGAUACAAAUACCAGAUACGGAACAACUGACGAAAGAUUUAACCGAAAAGUUGCAAGAAAUAGAAGAAACUGACCACUGUGAAGAUGAUAACAAUUUAUCACAUGAAAGCGGUUUUAAGAUAAACAUCGGAUCGUCUACCGACGAUGAUGUGGUAUUGAAGUAUUGCGCACGGUUGCUUGCUUCCAAGUUUCUGUUGACUGGAAACAAAGGAGGAGUUAUCCCUGAUAGGUCAGUCAGAGUAUCGGUUAAGGCAUCGAGCCUUACCUGUCUCUCAGAAAUACUUCGCAUCUACCCUCAAGCGAUGACUAUGUAUUUAGAUAAGGAUGCCGACUUGAAGUUUCAGAAUUAUUCGGGUUCAUCAGAGGGCGUUGAUAACGCUCACGAAAACAUUAACGAUUUCAUACUCGAAAGGAACGUUUGUUACCAAGAUUCAAUAACUGAUUCGACUAGUCAAGAGCUAUUGAACAAAAGCACAGACAGUCAGGCGAAUACCCAGUCACAGCAACAGAUGUCGAAGAAAUCCACCGAGAAGUUCUUCGAAAGUCCCGAACGAAAGAGCUCGAAGGAUGUCGUGUCGAAUGUAUUGGAUAGCAGAAUUUUAGGAAAAAUGGACCUUGUUGCUAGUGAGAUGAGUGCCGAUAGCACCAACCCUAACAUGACUAAUAGUAAUUUUACGUCCAACUCCAAUAUGACGGGCAGUAACGAUCCAAUAUCGUCGGGCUAUCCCAUGUCAAGUAGCGGCGACGUUCCGUCAUCUAGCAUCGACUUGGACAUGAAGUUCGAUCACUUCGGCGAAUCGACGACUAACUUGGACAAUUUGGACGUUUUGAAAGAUUUGGAAAGGAAGGACGAAAGAAAGAAACCGCUCAAACGGACCGACGAAGUUCAAACAAAAGAUGACAGCUGUCAAGAUAAAUCUCAAAAAAAUUACAUAGAUGACAAAGAUAGUGAAAGAGAUUUCGAGUUUCAGCAUAUGUCCGACGGUUUCAUUCUUCUAGAGGGUCACAGUGAUCCUCAGAUUAGGGGGUUAGUUAGGGUUUGUAUAGGGAAUUAUUUAAACGCGGCCUUAGAUAUAUCCCAUGGUGAUUACAAUAGAUGGAGGAACUAUGCGGUGAUGCCGCGGGAAGUCACUGAAAAUCUCAGUGCAGAUAGAUUGAUGGAUAUCGUUUUGAAGGGUUUGUCCGAUGAAGUCCACUCGACGGUUAACCACACACUUGCCUCUCUCACUAACUUAUCGACGGCGCUAUUUAACAGCGCCCACUGGACCUUAGUUAUAAACGAGCUGAAUUCACUAGUCAAUGUGGAGAAUAACAACUAUUGGUUGUGUCGGGUUAACCUUUGCAAGUUGUAUGAGAAACUUCCUUAUCAGAAAUUAUUCAUGCUAUGUCCUGAGUAUAAUGCAAGAAGCAAGCAUAUCAUGGAUACUCUAUUUCGUCUUCUAGCAAAUGAAGAUCAGAAGGUCAGGAGUGCAGCUGCUCAGGCGAUUGCAAACAUAAUACCAAAAAUAUAUCCAAUGAGGAGGGAAACGCCAACUACAAUGAUGGCGGAGGUGGCCAAAGAGCAGAGUCAAGCUUUCAACUUCGACCAUCAGAGCUGUUCCUUGAACUUGGUCAGGAAUAUAUUCUUUUACAACGACCUACCAAAGCAAAUGAGGGUGGGCGGAAUGUUAAAAAACGUAGAAGCUCUGACGAUGCUCGUUGGUGAUUUGGUACAGCGCUUAUUUUCGUCUAGUUGCAAGUUUUAUACUCAAGGACUUUUAGAGGCCCUACAAGCGAUAUGUAAGUUAUGGUCGCCAUGGAAGCACAAAGAGGCAUACACGGAUCAAGGAAUCUUGUCUUACUGUCUACAUAAUCUGGAUUAUUGCAACGGGACUGUAGCUGCAAGGACAGUGUUGAUGGAUUUGUGCUGCAUGAUCUAUCCAGUGGAAAUUCAUAAUAUUAUGCGUCACAAAACAUCUAACCGAGAUAUAUUCGAAAGAGAUUACCAGAAUACUACCGAUAAAUGGCAACAUUUGGAGAGCGAAAAAGUUGCCAGUCUUGCGGAAAAAUUUCUACAAGUGACUUUGAAAAUGUUGAAUGUCCUUGUGCAUUUAAUAGAGGAAGUUAAUCCUAAUGUGCAUUUGAAUAAGAGCGGCAUUGCAUUGCCGGGAAGUCCGGUAAGAAGAAAGACCCAAGAUCCUAUACCAAGAAAAGGCAGUAGCUCUCCACAAGAUGUAGACGAGAAAGGUUCUCUAAGGAAGAAAGUGCCAAUCCCUGCUACAAGCCUGAAGGCUAACUUUGCAGGGCAUUUCUUUAAUGAGCCCUUUUAUAUGAAGCUGUAUGAGAAUUUAAGGGCUAUGUACUCUAAUCAUAAGAUAAAUCUAGAUCCAAAAAGCAGUAUAUUCUACGAUUUCCUAUCUACGGUACUGAACUGUCUCGCGAUACAACUUGAACUGGCAACAGAGAAAGAGUUCGGCCACGUUACCGAGGAGAUCCUCUACUAUAUGAAAGUCAUGAUGCCGUUAUGUCCGAAUACAACAGUCUACUGCAUCACGCAACUACUGAAAUGCCUUUUCGGUACAAAUAUGAUAAACCAGUACAACGACUUUAUGAGUAUAUCCGACACUCCAGACGUUCCGUCCAAGACUAGCUUUUACGACGAUGUUAUGUUAGUGAAUCCUGUUAAAGAUAGGACAGAAGAUUCCAGAAGGAGUAGCGUUUGCUCGAACGCGAGCCAAAAACUAUCGCUGGACAGCAAGAACCCGAGGAUGCUGGUCGAGAGGCAGUUACUAAUGGCUAUGGAGAACUUCUCGAAGAACAAGACCGAUAGGAAAUGGAGCACUAAUAAGAAAGAGCUGGAGAGAUAUAUAAGAUUGUUUGAGCCUGUUGUUAUACAGGCUUUGAAGAGUUACACAAUGCAGAACGACAUUCCUCUCCAGUGCGAAGUGCUAUCCCUACUGAAUCAACUACUGGCAUUAAGAGUAAACUACUGCAUGUUGGACAGCGAUCAAAUCUUCAUCGGAUUUCUCAUGAAGCAACUUGACUUAGUGGAGCAGCAUGAGAUACCAAACUGCUGCAUGCUGGUCAAUAGCAUCCUCCUGUUUUUGGUUCAGUUGUCUUCAUCGAAACAUCACACGAAGCAACUAAUAGAGAUACCUAAGUUGAUACAACUAUGCGACGGCUUGAUGGCGUCAGGGGCCCACUCGGAAUGUAUAGCAGGCUUGGAGCCGGUGGCUGUACGGGUGUUCAGUAACAUGGGAGGUGGAAGCGUUCUGGGACGAGCACAGCAACAAGAAGCACAGGCCACGAGAGAAGUUCUCUUUUAUAUGCUACAAAAGACGAUGCAUCAGCACAAAGUUCUAGACCUCGUCUCGUGCGUCCUCUCCCUAUCACAAGAGCAUCCAGAGAGCUACUACCGCUGGUCCGAACUGGCCAGUGACACUCUUCUUAACCUCCUCACACAGAGGACUAUAGAGAUAGACUCCGGUGACGCGAUAAAGUCUUUGGAAAGGCUCUUGGACUCAGUAUACAAGGACGUUUUGCUGGAGCAGAGUAGAGUGGAAAUAUUGUUGAAAAUUUUGUUUAAAGCACCGCCAGAUCAGGCAACCACACCACUAAAAUUAAAGUUGAGAUACCUAGCAAUAAUAAUGAUCCUGCUACGUAAAGUGCUGGUCCUGAUACCAGAGAGUGAGAUCUUGCUAUCGAUAAACUAUCUAAAGUCGACUAGUGUAUCGCCACAAUCGAUAUUCUUCAACGUGAAACCGAACGUGGAUCCUUUAAACGUUCAAAACGUGAACGAGAAUUGCGCAAACUUGUCGCCCGAUGUUAUUCUCGUCAGGUGUCUAUUCAAAACAUUGACGUACGCGAUAAUCGAGAUGGACGAUUGCCGAGCGAAUUUGGACCAUAAUGUAAACGAAAAUAAGGACAAUUUGCUUUACGCUGUUUGCGUGAAUAUAGUCGUCCAUGUUAAACAUAUGCUGCAUUUGACAAACGGCUGCCUCUUUCCUUUGACCGCGAAAACCGCUCAGAAUAUUCUCCACAACGAGCAGAGCGGUUUGAACACGGGCCUUUACAGUCCCGAAGAGAACAUACCGCUUGAUCAGCUCAAUAUGAUCUGUUUGAAAUCCGCGCAUCGAAUUCCGCUGCUGACUGUACACUGGUCCCAUUUGUUGAUAAGGUUGAAUUUCCUCUCGCAGAAAUAUUGGCACAAGCUUAUGAUCGGGUUCGCUCGCAACCUGCCGCUAAGUGCCGAUAGCGGCGACACCCGACUUCUCCGAGUCGACAUACUUCAGACUGCCUGCGUUGUCGCUUACUGCGAAUAUUUUGUGGAUAAUGGCUUAACCCAAGCGGUCCAUUUAACAUGGCUGCUCGUGAACAGAGUUCAUAUACUAAUCAGUCAAUAUGGAGAGGAAAUCGUGCAGAAGCUAAUAGCGAAAGUGCAGCAGAACUCUGUAGCGUCAGGGUUGUUGUUGCAGGCGAUCGCUGCUAGAUGUCAGUGUUGUCUUAAGGAAGAAUUCGCUCUAAAUACAUACAAAGUGUUGUCGCUGUGCCACGAAAGUCAAUCCGGCGCCGUGCUAUUUCUCAUUUGCCGAAUUAUCGGCAAACUCGAGCCGGCGAUUGCGAUCAGGUUUACCAGUUUAGCAAUAGAGAGGUGUAAGGCGCUGGGUGAACUCGCAGCGGAUAAAAUUAACUCGCAGCUUUCAAAAGAGGAUUUACAAAUUGCAUUAGAAUCCCUGCAACGAGACGGGGUUCAUGUCAGAUAUUCAGCGUUGGUUGUGCAAUUGAACAAGCUGGCAUCGAGCACUUUCGAUCUUUCGCCUCUAGAUUUAACUUUGGACCGCGUCGUAAACCCUAAUAACGUCUUAACUACCAGUGUGGACGCCAACUGGCUCCUCAAUGAAGUUAAAAUAAGAUGCCGAACGAAUUCCACAUUCCCUAAAGUGUCGAAAUACAAUGAUCUAGCUAAGCUUUUGUCAAACCUGUCACAACAAGAUUUACUAACUGUCAUGUCGUGCCCGGAGUUCGACAGGAAAAUUCUGACGUCCUGUUUUAAAGUGGCAUGCGAUGCUUUCACAAGAGAGUUCCUAAACAUCGUGUCGGUCUCCGAAUCCAAAGAGAUUGAGAAGGAAAUCGCAAGAGAGCAAGAGAUCGUAAGAGUGAAAGAGGAGAUGACAUCAUCAAUCGACAGCAACAAACUGAACAUGGUUAACUCUCUACACGUUUUCAAGAGAAGCGACAGUAGGGAGUCGAAAUCACAGUUUUUCAUUCCGAUAAAUGAAAUCGAGACCAGAGAGCGUUUUGGUAACUUAAAAUUAUCCGAAGAAGAGUUAGAAUUAACAUCGCCUGACCUGCCAGAUCUAUACCAGAUAUCCUUAUCAACUUUAGACAAAUCGAUCUGCGACAUCUUACGAUUGUUCCCGAAACAAAAUCGUCCGCUCAGUCAAUCCGAGAAUUUCAACUUGAAUAUAGAACAAACUAUCGACAGAUAUACGAGGCGUUGUCACCAAGUGUUUCAAGAUAAAUUGUUCUAUCAAGAGUUUAUAACGCUUCAAACGAUUAUGACUGGAUUUUUGGAUUGUCUGCACAGGAUUAUAGCCCUUAUCGACGAGUCGGAUUGCGAUUUAUUAGAGAAAUGCAUUGAAAACAUUAUCCCCGUCAACGUGGCAAGAAAUAUAGCCAUUUUCUCGGUGGUCUCAUUGCAGUAUCUGUCGUUUUUAAUCAAGAAUAAGAAAGCGGUAGAAAGUCCGAUACACGCGGACGUGUCCUUCCGAGUGACGAAUACGGAAAGUGAGAAUAUAGUGGUCGACCAUUUGAUUUCAGUGACUGUAGAUAAUGUGGCCAAGGCGUUGAGCUUCGAUGAGAUUUGGUCAGAAUUGAACGUGGAUAGCAAUUUUAAUAGGAUACAAUCUGCCAUUAGUUGCCUGUUUGCAGUAUUGAAGUAUUUAGUUAAGGAUACGAAGCCGCUAAUCUUAAAAUCACACGUGCCCUUGCACGAUUCUGGUCCAAAGCCCGACUUUAUACUGACCUCGGACAAAUUGAUAACGAUGGUCCAGUAUUGGGAGCAGAAUUUCUACGCGAAACCCAUCGACGAUAUACUCGCUAAGGGAUACCAGAAGCCGAUAGAGAGCUUGCUCGUUAGUUUAUCCAGGUUAGAAGUUGUAAGCAACAUUGCUCUUAUACCUCCGAUCGCGUGGUCUUACGUACAAGCGACUAUUAAAAAUGACACGGUGCAGAACAUCGACUUGCCGUUACAAACGUUUCAGGAUAUGGACGUUCUGGAAUCAUUCUUAUUCAGAGUAAAUCUUAUAGGUUGGUCUUCGAAGAAGCAGUUUGAAGAGAUAUGGGUGGGAUUGCUGGGUGCUUUACAAGGGAACGGUACCCAUUGGGCUGUGAGAGGAAUCACCCAGCUGUUGAUCAGUACUGCACCUUACGUCAGGAGGAAAGGGAUUUUACAUGUGCCCCGUACAAAUGUGUAUGUCGCUGAUGGAAUGCAACGACUCCGAAGUCUCCUUGUUGGUACAUCCGCGAUAAAAAUGUUUGAUGACGUAAACUUAGAGCGUGUCCCAUUGAUGAAUGACAGUUUCGACGGAUAUCACUACGCGCAAUUCAGUACAGAGUAUUUGAAACUUGCUUCGGAUAUAUCAGAGGAGGCGUCUUUCAAAGUACGACAUGCAGUAAAAAGAAAGAGACGGAACAAGGACAUUGAUGUCAACAGUUGUUUGCAGUUGUUAAUGGAUGUUACCACUGAUAUGCUCGAGCCCAAAGCUGGCACUGGCGUGGCGUCUCGCACUGCGCUGCUGCAGAGUAUAUGCGGCGCGAGCGCGGUGUUCUCUACGGGCGCGCAGUGGGGCUGGGCAGCCGCGCAGCUCGCCGCGCAGAGCUCGCGCGCGCACUGGCCCGCCGCCAUGCGCGCGCUGCUGCACGCACUCGCGCUCUGCCUGCCCGUGCUGCACCACGCCGACGAGCUGUCAACAGUCCACCAGAAGUUGCUGAAAUCGCUUACCUCUAGCUACGCACCGUUACGCCAAGCGGCACUACAGGGCUGCCUUCUGCAGUUGACAGCGAGAACUAAACAUGCGACCACUCAAACGCACAAUCCUUACCACGAGCUGGUGACGCAGUUAAACGUCGCCGUGCGUCAGUAUUUGGUGCCGAAUUCCAAAAUAUCACUGUACGAGCAGAGUCUCUAUUGGACGGUGCUUUUCACUUUGGUAGAGCUGGGACAUCCCGAUCUGAUGAACUUUGCGGUGGACUUCGUUUUGAAAAAUCCGAGACAUUAUUGCACCGAUCUUGUAGUUAGGGGAAUAACCUUAAUACUCCGACAACAGAUUUUGUCUAAAGAUUUAAAGAAAACUAUAAUAGAGAAGUUACUAGACAACAUGAACAAAUACUCAGAGCAUCAUGGUAUUCAGAUACUAAUGGUGCAUCUAUUUUCAGCUGAUAGUAGGCUAUUAAGUCCAAAGCUAACCGCAGACGUGUCCAACAUGGACCCGGAUGUAUUAAUGAGUUCCAUGGAGAGAAUAACUCUACUUUAUAAAACCCUCAAAAACUCAAAAUCCAAAGAGAGCAAAUACAUACUAGCGUCUGCUCUGAAAUACUUCCUGCGGGAGACUUUACCGCCGGCUGCGACUUUGAGUAGAGUAGUGAUUGAGUUUCUGGAGUGCUGUAAGGAGACUGAAAAGAAGAGAGUGGGGAUAUUGAGCGACAGAGAAAAGUGGAUUCAAUGCACCGUGCUAAACGCCGAGGUCGUUUAUGAGGUGUUCGAAACAGCAGUAACACAAGAUCAGCUUCCCGUGUUAAGCGGCUGGAUCUUCGAAGCCCUCUGCCAUCUGUUAACUGGCAAAAUUUCCACAAAUUUACUUCCCUCUUGCUUGCUGACCCUACUGGUUUCGGCCAGUUCGAACCGGUUCGUUAGACGGAUAUCGCCCCUGUGCUACCAUAUCUUCAGGAAAGGUUUUUCUCAUCAUCAAAAGGACGAAAGUUGGGGCGUUUUCAACGACUGCUUGACGACGAAUGGCGCGAUGUGUUUUUCAGAUAAAAGGCUGCUGUGCGUUGUUGCAACGCAUUCUAACUUCUCCGGAUCUCAAUUAGAAAGGUUAAAGGAGUUGUGUGAGAGCAACGAUUGCUUGGAAUAUUUAUUGCAGUGCUUGAACGUUUAG